AUGAUUUAAUCGAAGAUGAUAGAAAAAGAAGAGGAACUUCAAUGCUCUUUAAAGCAUAAACUUCCUGUCCUUAUGAUUGUUUGUGAUGAAAAAUUAAAGAGAAACGAGAGACUUUUAUGCUCUGAAUGCAUGGAAAAUUAUGAAUCAAAAUCUUAGUUAAUGAGUUUUAAAAAAGUCUUAUAGAAUAUAGAGGAAAAUCAAAAAUAAAAGUAAAAAAACGUUGAGAAUGUGAUGAUGAUCCGUAUCAAACUCAUUGAAGAAAUAUAAAGAGGUCUCUUUUUAUUAAAAUCUAAUGUAGUUUAAUUAUUAGAUUAAAUUAUUGGAAAUGUAGAUGAAUGGAUUAAACAUAUAAUCAUAAUUGGGUAAUAAAAUGUUACUUAUAGUUUUUAUAAUGAAUUGGAAAAUCUAAUUAACUAAAAAAGAUUAGAAGAAUUCGCUUAGAUAUAAUUAAUUGAUCAAAUUAAUUAAAUUUAAUUAUCAUACAAUCAAAAAAUUGAAAAGAAACUAAAUUUAUUCAAAUCAUUUUCAGAAGGUUAAAAUUGUGAAAACAUAUUAAAUCAGUUAAGAAAUGCAAAUGAAACAAAAGAGAAUACAGGAAAGAAAAUAUUGAUUUUAGUAAAGUAUGAAGUUAUUAUUUAGGGUGAAAAGGCAAUGGAAUAAGUUGGCGAUGAAUAGAAGUAAUUAGAAUAAUAGUUGAUGAAGUAUAAAUAAGUUCAAUUUAAUUUUAUUGAUGAUUCAAAUUAAUAGAAUAGUAGUUGUAAAGCAAUAGUGUUCAACAAAGAUGAAUCAAUUAUGAUUUCAUGUGAUAAUUGUGGGAUUAAAAUAUGGAAAUUUGAAUAAGGAAGAUUUAAAUUAUCUAAUACUUAUGAUAAACAUAGCAACCCUGUUAGGUGUUUAGUGUAUAGCAAAUAAACAAAUAACUUUAUUUCUGGUUGUAUCAAUCACUAAAUUAUAUGUUGGUAAUAAAUUAAUCAAAAUGAGUGGAAGUGUUCAUAACCAUUCGAGUAACAUACUGAUAGUGUUAAUUGUUUAUUAUUAAAUAAAUAAGAAGAUCAACUUAUUUCAGGAGGAGAUGAUGAUAAGAUAAUUGUAUGGAAAGUAGAUUUUAUUAAGAAUGAUCUGACUUUUCUGUAUUCCUGAG